CCUAAUAUUGAUUAAAUACCGGUAAGACGUAUUUGUUGUCACAUGCGUAGUUACUCCUUCUAGGCGGAGGAUGUCGCUUUAACUCCUGCGAAAUCCACUUUUGGACAUUCUCUGGGAAAGCAUUGUGAAAGGCACGACGUCAUUAAAUUCAAAAUGGUUUCAAUUCGUCCUUGCGGUGGGCCGAGGUAAAAUUGGGUCUAGUGUAACAAUAAACAAUGGCUUUAUAUUACGUCGAUUAACUGACUUGUUGCUAUAUGAAGCAAACAUCCGAUGGACUGUGUUAUUAAAAUAUUGCUGCAGCUGAAACGAUACACACGUAAGAUGAGAUCCCGUUCUGCGAACAGCGGAGUAACGCCGUUUAGCCUCACAACCACCGAGGCAGCGCUACGGGAUUUUAUUUGCGCUGCGGAUCGUGGGUUGUGAGUGCAAUGGAAAGAGAGGAAACUGGUGAGUCGGUUCUCUCUUUUCCUGUCGAUGUCAAUGAAAACCAGGAGGUAUAUAAAACAUACACACGCUUAACAGAUCGUAAAACGUCAGGUCCAUCGACACGCCUGUUGAAUGACGCCUGCCUGCAGCUCCACCCGACCGGGUGCACUCAGCCUGCCCGGGGAUGUGUUUAUAUUACCAGUAAUAGCAAGAAUGUAAACUCGGUUGGUGUGGGGCUGCCGGCAGAGAUCACACCGCAGAAGGAACGCAGCAUUAUGCUAGAUUUAGUUGCACAAUGCUCCACGCUGUCUGGCGACAACUGUGUCACUUCUGAGGAGUGUAAGGACCGCAUGUUUAAUGGCUUUUCCGAGCCAUCCGUUGUCGCUGUGCUGAGUGCGGACUCGCCUAAUGGAGGAGGGGGUAACGGGGAAACCCACUUCAGCCCAACCGCAGCUGCGAGCACAGACGGACCGAGACAGGGGGACGGAAUGUUGCCGUUGGAUCGAAUUACAUGGACUUCCCUACUGGGGAGUGUUGCGGAGAAGGCCGAGGAAACUGCAAUCGAGGAUGGUGUACAUUCAAAGAGUGUUCAAUUUACUCCGCCGUUGUCUUGUGUCGGUAAGCAUCAGUUUAAUUUCUCUUGUACGGACUUACAAACCUCUUCAGAAAUGAAAAUACUUAAUGGGGAUAUGAACUGUGUCGGUAUGGAUGACUUACAGAUGCACAAACCCUCCGCACACCAUGGGAACAAACAAACAUUUAUCAAAGAGGAUUUUUUCUUUCAGAAGGCUAUUGUAGACAGAGGCGUGAGGGUGGGAAAUUGCGGGUUGCUGGUCGUAAACAGCAGAUCUUUAUGCGACGGAUCAGCAGGGGGUCUUCCUGCUUUAGACAGCCGCGUCCAUAUUCAUCCACCCGCAAACAUCCGCUCGUCUCCCGAUUCGUGUGAAAACUCAAGCCGAGACAGAAGUCACGCUAGGGAGGAAGGGGCCUCAGGUGCGAACGAAACGCGGCAAGCGGCAAUCCACGACCCAGACUCUGAACAAGAUACACUGUCAGAUCUCAAUACCAAGCUGUCGAUAUCCUCCUGCCCCGAAAACACGGGACACCGUAGUGGCACCGAACCUCGCCCAGAGGACUUGAGCGACGCUUGCUUUUCAGUCAGACCACAGUUUCUCAGGACCUACCCUGGGUACACAGUGUCGCGUAGCUGCGACGCGACGCCUCUCAGUCCUGAGGACGACGCGGGGAUCUUUGGAGAUGAUGGCGACGCGGACGACGGUCUGAGCUCCAGGAACACUUUCCAGCUUAGCCGUCGACAGAGCGCUCCUGACGCGCUGCCAGAGAGCGUUUGUGUUGAUCCCGACUCAUCGGACCAGACGCUGACCAAAACGCAUGGUAUCGCUGAGUUCCUGACUAGAAGUCUGUUUUCCUGGAAGCCCAGAGAGUCAAAAGUCAUCCAGAGUGCUCCAGGAUGGAAGCUGUUUGGAAAAAAAACCCUGAAAGAGAAAAAUGGCAACGACUCCGGAACCGUACAGCAGGAGCACGAGACAAGGGUGGGACCAACAACUGGGCCCCACCCCCGGCUUCAGCCAACGAGACGGAAGAAUCUGGAGUUUGAGCCUUUGUCUACCACCGGGCUCAUUCUAGAGGACAGACCUGCGAGCCUGCCAGCCAAGUCAGAAGAGGAAGCUCAGAGACACAGACAGGAGUACAAUGAGAUGGUGGCCGAGGCCAAGCGGAGGGAGCUGAAGGAUGCACAGCGUAAGAAACGGCAGAUGAAGGAGCGACUCAAGCAGGAAGAGAACAUUGCCCGUGCUAUGCUUAUCUGGAACACGGAGGUCCUGCCCAACUGGGAGAGCAUGAGGAACACACGACGUGUGCGGGAGCUCUGGUGGCAGGGUCUGCCCCCCAGUGUCCGUGGCAGAGUGUGGAGCCUGGCCAUAGGCAAUGAGCUGAACAUCACCCCUGAACUGUAUGACAUUUUCCUGUCGAGAGCCAAAGAGAAGUGGCGCAGUUUUAACGAAACAAACUCGCUUAGUGAGAAUGAAGACUGUGGUACGUCGCUGGCAGACAGGGAGUCCAGUUUAGACCUGAUCAAGCUGGACAUCUUCAGGACCUUUCCAUCACUUUACAUAUUCCAGAGGGGUGGACCCUAUCAUGAUCUCCUGCACAGUGUUUUGGGGGCAUACACCUGUUACAGACCAGAUGUAGGCUAUGUGCAGGGAAUGUCGUUCAUUGCAGCUGUUCUUAUUCUGAACCUGGAAGAAGCAGAUGCCUUUAUUGCCUUUGCCAACCUCCUCAACAAACCCUGCCAGAUGGCCUUCUUCAGGGUUGACCAUGAUCUGAUGCUGAAGUACUUUGCAGCAUUUGAGGUUUUCUUUGAAGAGAAUUUACCUAAAUUAUUCCAGCACUUCCAGACCAACAGUCUGACUCCAGACUUUUACCUCAUAGAUUGGAUCUUCACGCUGUACAGUAAGUCGUUGCCCCUGGAUGUGGCGUGCCGUGUGUGGGAUCUGUUUUGCCGGGAUGGUGAGGAGGCACUAUUCCGGACUGGGCUGGGAAUUCUGCGCCUCUACCAGGACGUGCUCCUCCAGAUGGAUUUUAUACACAGUGCACAAUUCCUGUCCCGCCUCCCAGAAAACACACCGGCGCACACUCUCUUCAGCUGCAUCAACAACACACACAUGAUCAGCAGCAAUCGCAGGUGGAACCAAGUGUUCUCUGCUCUGAUGAAAGAUGGACCUAAAGAAGCAGACAAAGUGGGCAGUCCUGCAUUGAGAAGCUAACUGCUACCCUCUGGAUGUUCUGUGGACUGUUGUGUGCAGUAUUAAGGAGGCAGUUGCCAUGGAUGUGGCAGUGAAACCACUGAGGGGAUCUGUGCAUCUGGAUUGGCUGCACCAGAAGUUGCAACCUACAUGAAAGCAUGUGUGUGAGCACGCACAUGUGAAACUUGUCAGGUUGUGUCAUGUUGCUGUAUCAUGUCUCAUCCUUUCAUUGUUAAGCCUUGGUCAUGUGACUGUAUGCAAACAAAUUAUUCUGACAUACAGAGAACAGGCACAAUCGUACAUACGAUACUGCACACAAACCUACACAAGUGCACACACUCCAAGGCGUCUGUAGGGCAACACAAUUAAGAUUAUCCUUAACUGAGAUCAUUUUCAUCAAGUUUUUAAUUUUUUUUUUUUUUAUCUCUAGUCACAGUGCCUUCUUGUGGUUGGCCUGUGAUUUGCAUUCCUCCUUGAAGAAUACCUCCUGCCAGUGUCUGAGAUUGGUCAAUUCCCUGAUUCUACACUCCACAGAACUGAGCAGCGUUGACUAGAGUAUUCGUGUUUGUAACAGGGAUGGCUUACUUGCACUACUGCAAAACUCAUGGUGCAGUUCUGCACAAGUAGAACUGCCACCAGCAGCCAGCUGUUAUAAACUGGUGCCAAGCCAUUUAGUACUCAAAAACACACAAGCGCACACAUGCUUUAGAGCCUACUGUAGCCUUUCAUCAGCUCAUACCAAAUCUGCCCACAUAUGCUAUCUGCUUUGUCUCCAACUGUAUUCAUUUUGGAACUAAUCUUUGUAGCCAUGAAAUAAUAGGUAGGUGUAUUUAGUCAAGAGUUAGCAAAUUAGUGUCAUAAGUUGGCAAGCUGACUUUGCCAACCUUUCAGGGGAGAAUAUAUUUUGUGUUCCAUUCUACAAUUCUAAAUGCGGUCUAAGAUGUGGUGAUAUUCUUUUGUUAUACUGGGUGCUACUGUUACAUAAGCAAACAGUUAUAAGUGACAGGUGCAACCAUAAUCCUAAACUCACGUGGUGAGUUGAGCAGUUGUAUUUUUUUGUUUUGGGGGGGUGUCACGUGAAGGCUCCUUUACACUGAGCCCAGUGGUUAGACCACUGACCUGCCUCUCAGAAAUAGCCCUCAGGUUCUGGAAUGCCCUCUGGUGUUUUGGUCACACUGCACCGUAUUAAAGCACCAACCUGACACAAGUACACCCAACAAGUGACCCAAACACCAUCUUUUUGUUUGCACUUUCGCGAUUCAGAUUAGGCACCGCGCUUCUGUACGGUCAGAUAAUGAUGUGAUUUGUCUAGUACAUACUGAAAUUGUAUAAUGUAACCUUUUUUUAUUUAAGUAGAAAUCAAUGAGCUUGCUUUUUUAAUUCUGACACUAUUGUACAGUUUUCUUACAUACAGUCAGUGAUGUAUAUAAACUAUGAAAUGAUUUUCUCUGGUAAAUUGGCUGUAGUCUAGAUGUGCAAAAAAUACAGCAAAAACAACAAAAAA